AAGUAAAUGAUGUAGGGUAUUUUGAAUAACAGUGAUAAAGUCGCAAGCCCCCAUAUUAUUGAAUAAUAAAUUCUUGAAGUUUUAAUGGAAUUACUAUUAAAAAAAUGUUAGAUUCUAAUGUUAGGACACAGAUAAACAUUAACAUGUGUAGCUUACAUUUAUUUCAAUAUGAUUAAAAUAAUAUAUAAAAGAUAUGAUAAAUAAAUUAUUUUCUUGUGACAUUAAGUAUAUUUAUCAAACUAGGUUGCUUGGAAAUUUCUUGUUGAAUUUAUAUUACAGGUACUUGCAUCAGCCAGAGUUGAAACAGCAGCAGAUUUUAAAACAAGUAUUUCAAAUUGUUUCAAAGAGAGGAGAUGAAGUGUGCAAUUUUAUAGAAGGAGGAGAUAUUUUAGGUGAUAAAAAUCUGAAAAUAAUUUAUCGACAUUAUGCAACUCUAUAUAUUGUAUUUUGUGUUGACCCUUCUGAGAGUGAACUUGCAAUAUUAGAUCUGAUACAAGUUUUCGUUGAAACGUUGGAUAAGUGCUUUAGAAAUGUCUGUGAAUUAGAUCUAGUUUUCCAUGUUGAAAAGGUACAUUAUGUAUUAAAUGAAAUUAUCACAGGUGGAUUGGUUGCAGAGGAUAAAAUGCCAAAUAUAUUGCAGGCUAUUGAGGAUCAGAAGAAAUUAGAAAAAAAUGAGAUUCCUGUAUUUUAUCAUGAAACUCAUUGAUAUGACAUCAUUUUGCUGUUGUGUGUUUCAUCUGGAAUUUGUUUAUUAUAUCUGUGCUAUAAAUAUGUAUGUAAAUAGCUGUAUUUGAAUGUGCUUGGAAAAAAAUUGAAAAUGAAGAUUAUUUCUGACCUGUCCAUCUCAUUUUGUAAAGUCAAGUAAGGUUGUUUAGUAGUGACUGAAUGAUCAGAUAGAGAAAUAGAUGUAUGGUAUAAAUGAGAAUUUUUAUUUGCAAUCAUAUAAAAAUGAAUCUGAAAAUUUAAGCUUUCAUCAGGUUAUUUUAAAUUGUGUUUGUCUUAUUUAUAAUAUUGCAGAAUUUAUCUAUGUUGACAUUCCAUCAUUUACUGUCACACGAACAAAACUGAUUUAGCAAAUAUAUGUACAGUACCUGAUGCUUAUUAAAAUCACUUCUGUUCCAAAAACUUUAUUAAGCAGCUGGUUUUAAUAGAUGGCAGUUAAUGUAUUAUAAAGCAUGAUAUCAGUUUUAAACUUUAAAGUAAUAACUAACAACUAAUUUAUUAUGUAAGCCAAAAAUAAUGAUUAAAAAUUAAUACAAAAAUUACACUAUCUACACAGUUUUGAAAUGCGUUUUUAAAAAUUUUUAUAAAAAUAUUUUCUAAUUAUAUUCUUGAUGAAAUUUUCUGUUUUAUAAACAAUUGUUCUUUGUUUUUUUUUUCAUAUUGUUCAACACCCAUUUUUUAUUUGUAUUUUCAACUUUUGGAAACUGCUAGUAGAUUUGGAUUAAAAUCAUUCAAUUGAAGAAUUUUUCAUAGAAUUUUUUUAGUGCUAUUUGAGAUUUGAUUGAUGAUGGCAUAUCAUUAUGUUUUUCUGUAUCAGUUUUGCUGUAAGUUUCUGCAGAAUUUUUAAUACUUUCAUGGUCAGUUUUUGCACACUUUGUCUCAAUAUUGUUGUGAAAUGACACAUUUUCUAAAAUUAAAUCUUCAUAGUAAUCACUGAUGUCUGAAACAUUAACCGUAGUUUGCAAUUCUUCUAAGGCUUCUACUUAAAAGCCACAUUUUCGAAAACAUAUGUCUUUGGCUAUAAUAUGUAUGGCUUCUAGCUGAGAUAUCGAGUUACUUAUCUUUUUCAAAGUGCUGGCAUUUUCACAAAAUUCAAUUUUGUUCAUCAUUUACUGAACCUGAACAACUUUCUGUAAUGACAUUUGAAAGCUUUCAUAAUGCCUUAAAAUUAAAUGCUGAGUAUUAGAAGUUAUAUUUGCAGAAGAGACACUAAUGUUUUUCAGAAAGAGCCCCAGUUUUCUAAUUAGCAUUUAGUUUUUUAUUUCUCUGGCUCAUUUCAAAAGAAAAUUAGUCAAAAUACUAUUUGAAACCCAUGAAUUCUUAUUGUUAUGAUAAAUCUUUGAUCUUUUUUCGAACAUUGAAGUUUUCUGCUUUUGUCCAUAACCAGCCAGUUAUUGACAAAACUGACCAGUUUUGUCAAGUGCGGCCUUAUUAAUUCUUGGGUACGUAUUGCAUGUUAACAUAAUAACUGACUCCUUCAGUUUCUUAAACCAACUACCAUUUCAUUUUUAAACAUUGUGUGUACUGUGGUAAUAUUAUGUAAUCAAAGUUAAAAGUGCCAGAGCCCUAUGGAAAAUCAUUGGGGGAAAAAGACAAAAAUAAAUAAAUAUCAUAUUUGUAAAAUAAUUAAUAACUAUAACUAAAACAAAAAAUAGAUAGUAAUUAAAAUAAAAAGGUAAUCAAUAUUUAUAAGUCAAUAAAUGUAAAGCGAUAAAUAAAAAUUCGAAAAAUUGUUUAGUUACUGAUAAAUAAUUAAAUAAUGAAAUAAAAUAUUGGGCUUCAUCUUAUUUGCGGCUCUGGCUGGAAUUAAAAUUUCUCUUAAAACAGAAAUAAUGGAAGUCAGACUCUGGGUGAAUUUAUGCCCUCAGUAUAAUGUUUUUGUUUAAGGUAUGAUGGGAAUAAAGCUCAUACUUUUUUUCAACACACCAGUUAGAAAUAGUUUAAUCAUCACUAAUGAGAACACAAUGCUCUAAACAGUGAUAGGAUAGAGAGGAAAUUUUAGCAGAGGAUGUGUAGGCAUGAAAAUAAAGACAUAAGAGUCUAAACUUUCCGACUAUGCUCCCUUGCUACUAUAAUUCCAGCACUCAAGCAGAAUGUGACUGAAGAAAGAAAUUUCCCAGAAUCUAGUGGUUAAUUGAGAGCAAAUUAACAAGUGAUAAUUUUCAUCUCUAUAUUUAGUCGCAUUAGUCCAAAAAUUCUGCAAGUUCUCUUUCUGCUAGAGGCCACUCAUAAAUUCACUGCACUUCAUGGAGAAUAAGUCUUUGAUAUGUGGGUGAGAUUGCUUACCAGCAGUCGAGUAGUAAAGCUGAAUGCUGGUAGUUCUGAUUUGGUGUCAAUUCCAGGUGAAUGGUCUGGCUGCAUGGUCAUUUUUGUGGUUUUCUCCAUUUAUAAUGUGUAUACAAGCCAGUUUUUCAUAGGAAGUCCUCCAUGAAGGCAUUCUCACUCCUUACACAGAUAGCCCUAGUGUGCUUUGCUGUAAUUAAGUAAACCAAAACCAAACCAAUUGGGUGAGACUGUUCUUUUCUUAAGUGCCUCAAACUCUGUCCAAGGAUUUGCUUCUCAUCCAAAAAGAGGUAUGUAUUCAGAAAUUACAAUCAAAGUUUCAUUUUACUUUAUUCAUUAAAAAAGUUUUCAAGACCAAAAGAACUUUAUGCUGUAAUUGUGAUUCAGUUGCAUAAAAAAAGUGCAGGGAAACCUAUUAUUUUAGACCUCUGGUGUGUGAAAUUACAGUUUAUUUCAAAAAUCAAGUAGUACUGGAUAAGGCUGCAGCACAGUUUAAGCUCUGCCUAUAAUGCAGUCCAGUAAUAAUGUCUGUAAUGAAUUUCAUAUGGCUUCUAUUCAUUUAGCAGUCCAAGUAAAGUGUCUUGUAUCCUGUUAUCAGCUUCAUGAUAAACUGUUCUUUCUUCUUAUCAUACAGUUUGUGAUGAAUAUUAUUGGAUUUGACUUUCUGCAACUUGUGAGCCUUACCAGUUGAUAUAAAAUUCUCUUCUAGCAUUUAGCAAAUUAGUGAAAGGAAAGAACUUUUUUAGUUUCAUAGUUUAAAACUGUUCUGAAAAAAAAAAAAAAAAAAAAAAAAAUUUUCAUGCUUCCUUGAGAUAUUUGCAUUUUUAAUUAGUUCUUCAGUAAUUAUUGUUACUUUUUAAAGUAAUCUGUAUGAUUCUGUUUGAGAAUUUUCCAAUUUAAAUGUAGUUUCUCUCUCUCUGCAAUUACCAAGAAUAUUAAAAUCUUUUUAACAGUUUAUCCUUUUCAUUCAGCCUUAAGUCUUUUCGCUUGGUAUUUCAACAUGUUAUAAGUUAAGCAGACGACAAAUUUUUAAAAAAAAAAAGUACGUCUUCCAAUGAUUUAUUCAAAAUUUAUUUCCUGUCAGCAGAAGCAUUACCCUUUGUCUGUUUUAGUUAAUUUGCAUCUUAAUAAUUAUAAGCAUGACCAAUGAUUUCCUUGCUUUAUCUGUAGUCUGCUGUUACUACUUCCUUUUCCAUUUAAAGACUCUUAAUGUAGAGUAAUGCUUAGAUGCAUUUCAUGAACUUUUUUACAACUCUUUGUGAACAUAAUGUGUCUGUUCCAAAACGAAAAUUCUUAAUGUGGAAAUUUAAGAGAUGGGAUACAAAAGUUGCAUUCCCACCUCCUCUCAGCUAGUAUGGGCAAAGAUCUCUAAAUCAGUGUCUCACAGGCACCUAGACAAGAGGGUAGGAAAAUUUCAGAUAAAUUCGUUUUAUUGAAGCAUUUACAUUUCUGAACCAUAAAGCUUCAGUCCACAACACAUAGAAUGAAUGAACUGUGAAAAACAUUGAUAGGGACAUAUAGUACAUUUUGGUUCUUUUGCCAGUCUGAGUUUAAUAAGCGGCGGAGAUGAGUUUAUUAAAUGAUAGUUUUCUCUCGAUUAAUGGGUAUUUGUUUUGGUUCGUAGAAAUUUGAACUUAAUAUAAGCAGCUGAGUUUAUUAACUAGGGAGUUUAAUAAGCAGAUGGUACUGUUAUGCUAAUAUUGUGAUUUUUUUUGUGUUAUGAAAAGUUUCACACAUGGCCAUAUUAAAUAAGUGCACAGUAUACCUAUGUGUAUUUUUAUAAAUAUUUUCAUAAGUAUUAGUUGUAUUUCAGAUUUCUAUGUGUUAAAUUUAUAAAUUUUUUGAGAAAUCUGAAGAAUUGCUGUUUCCUGAUGUAAAGUGAUUUUGUAAAUGAGCUUUGUAUUUAUACUUCUGUUGAAAACUAAUGCAGCAUUAAUCUGAAUGGAAAACUUGUAUAGUGAUAUUUAUAUUAUAUGCAUGGAUAACCACCUCCCUCCCCCCAAAAAAACUGCACUAGUCAGCCAGUUUCAUGGAAAAUGAUAAUUUAUGCUUAUGAUUACACUUUGUAUCAUUAUUUCGCUAUCUGUUACUUCCCAAGUAAAAAUGCUACAUGUUGUUGAAUGUGCAUAUUUCCAAAUUACAAAUGUUUUCACAUUAAAUUAAUUCUAAUAUAUUUUAUUUCCAAAAUUUAUAUUGUCUUUAGAUUUAAAAACUGCAGUGCAAAUACUUUUUUUACUUAAAAUUGUAAAUAAAAUCAAAUUAGUGCAUUUGAGAAUGUAAUGAAAAGUAUAAUUUUAUAUUGCAGUUUGUUUAAUGCCUAUAAUUAUAUAAUAGUUUUUCAAAUAUGGAUUUGUCCUCAUAAAACCGUUCAGAAAGUUUAGAUUUUUUAAUGUAUUUCAUAAUGUGGUUUUAUAGAAAAUAUAUGUGAGAUAUUGAUAAAUGAGAUUUUCAGAAAUUACAUUGAUGUUUUGCAGUGUUACAUUCCUUUUUCAUAAAAAAAAAAGAAACUAAAAUAUAAAUAAAUAGCUUUUUACUUUUCA